AUGGAACAUUCCCUUCGUCUUGGCGCCCAAGAUCGGAUCUUGUCGUGGUCGGCGUCCAACACCGUCGGAAGCCUGGGCUCGGGCGAACGCCACUCUAUGAUGCUCCCGCAGUCACCCCCAUGGAUGGAUGCCCUUCACCAAAUACACCCAGCCUCUAUCGCGCACAACACCACCAGCUCGGCCCCCGCUCCCGCCUCUACCUCAACCGCAUCAUCUGCGACCGUGCGACACCCGUUGAACGGCCAAUUGUCGCCCAUCAGCACGGGCAUGGACAUGGCUGUUGGGCACUCCCAUGACGACGGCCCGUGUCCGUCCACCGCAGAAUCCGCGACUGCCCGGCCCAUGUCGCAGUCAGAAUCCUCCUCCGUCGCAGAUUCCUGGAGCAUGAUCUACGGCGAGAACGCAGAGGAUGUCAACGUGACGCAUGUCGUGGGUGAUCACGACAUGCACUGGGAGCAAGGGUCGGACGAGGGCGUCGCGGUCCCCAAGGUCGAGCCCAUGGACGAGGACAUCCGCCUCGACGAGAUCAAGGAGGCCCCUCCAACCCCUGUUCCAAGCAACACCAGCCCGACAUCAGCCCAGCCAAAAGCGAAGCGACCGCGUGGAAGGCCGCGCAAACAUCCCCUCACCCCAGUCGUCUCCACCAACAAGAUCACCAAGGGCCGAUCCAAGACGGGGUGUCUGACCUGCAGGAAACGCAAGAAGAAGUGCGACGAGGCAAAACCUAGAUGUAUGAACUGUGAGAAGAACGCCGUUGUCUGCGAAGGCUAUCCCGAAAAGCAGAUAUGGAAAAGCGGCAAGGAAAAGGCUGCGGAAGGUGGCUUGAGCCUUAGCCAGCCUCUGCCAGUGAUAACCAUGCAGCCCAUAUUUCACGGGCUCGAGAACGCAGAGGACAUGAUUUUCUGGAAGCACUAUCACGCCCAUCUAAGCACCGUGCUGACAGUCGAGGGCGAACACAAGAACGCGUUCAAGGACCUGCUCAUCCCGAUAGCAACUAAACACCGCGGCCUCAUGCACUCCAUCCUCGCCCUAUCAAGCAAGCACCUCGACUUUGAAACGCCCUACGGCGCAAAGAUUCUUGGGGACAACCCAAACACGAGUCUUGACGCCCUCCAGCAGCGAUCUGACUAUCACCACGAGAAAGCGAUGGAGAAGUUCUACGAGGACCUUGCACGGUCAAGUCUGAACUCGGACAGAGAUGACACCGAGUACUCGACAAUAUUGUCUGCUCGGUAUGGCCAGAUGCUGUGCUUGCUCCUAGAAGCUCUUGCCGAGGGCAACCCCCGUGGCGAGCACAGGGUCCACCUCGGAGGCUAUCAGCGUUUGAUCCAGCACUCCCCGCCCGAGGAUCCAGCCUUCUUGAGCUUCAUCAUGGAGUUCUUCCAGUAUCACAUUUUCGCCGAUGAGCUGGUUCGUUACCCCGACAUGCACACUCCACGACUGGCGUCCGAGGACUGGGCCCCCAGCGUCUCCAUUCAUCCGCCGCGGUUGUUAGGUGUUGCCGAUGGCCUCUUCAAUUACCUGUGUCAAAUCACAUCGCUCAGGAACACAAUCAGGGCCAACAUGGCCGCUGGAGUGGACCCACCGGUCGACUACACGGGCCUGUACAGAGCUGCCGAAAUCGAUGCAGCAAUCCGGGACUGGACGCCAUCGUGGCCUCCAGGUGACAGUCGGGACCGUGUUGGCCUUCUUUACAAACAGAUGAUGUGGGUGUACUUGUUCCGGACGAUAUAUCCACCGCCGCCCAUGUCCCCGCCGCCUUCGUCAUCGUUGCCCCUACUCCACAACUCGUCUGUUCUGUUCGGUUCGACGAACACCCCUCCAAGAUCCGCAAACAACAGUUGCGCAUCGUCGCCAUCGAUACGGCCGCGCACCUCCGCCUCCAACAUGCCAUCUCAACCCAUCCGCCGACACACCAUCGCCAACUACACCAUUUCCCAAGCACCACCGCCAAUCAAACAUCACCAGCACACCUCCAGUCUGGAGUGUCACCCAUAUGUCGCCGAAUCCCCGCCGCCCGUCCGUCAGCCGCCCAACUACGACCCUCGCAUCACUCUUGCUGUCAACGAGUCCCUCAACAUCCUCGAAACUUUCAAGCCAAGCGACCCUUCGCAGAAACUCCUGCUGAUCCCGUGCCUCGUGAUCGGUACGGCUUGUUUCGCGCCUGACCAGCAGGAGAGGAUAAGGACGGCGGUGCGAACAGUGAAGGGGUAUACGGGCUUGCGAAACACGGAGAGGGUCACCGAGCUUCUCGAGGAAGUAUGGCGGUGCAUGGAGCGUGGCGAAUGGUUGCGCGUCUGGGAUUGGCAGGGCAUUGCCAAGAGCAUGGGUUGCGAUGUGCUAUGUUCAUGA